AUGUUUCCUAAGUUUUUACUUCGUCCAGGUAUCUUGCGCUCCAGGCACGUUGCAACCCAGGGACCGUCCUCUGGACUAGACCCAAUACCUUCUUUGGAGGAGACGAGUAACGACACCAAUAAGUUCUUGAUGGGCCAUGUGUCCUGUAUCCGUUGCUCUCAUUGCGCGGCCGAUUUAUGCUUGACAUCGCAAAUAAUCAGCAAAGGCUUCACUGGCCGUCAUGGCCGCGCGUUGCUUGUAUCUGCACGAAUUAUUGCCAGUGCGGUUUCUAUUAAUCCAUCUUCCGCAGCGACAGAUUGUCUCCCAAAUACCAUCGUGCAAAAACCUAUACCUCGACGAUUAGUGACCGGUGCGCACAUGGUAAGCGAUUUAAAUUGUGCCCUCUGUGGAACUGUACUCGGCUGGAAAUAUGUCUCCGCAGAGGAGGAAUCACAACUCUACAAGGUCGGCAAGUUCAUACUAGAGACCGAGAAAAUUACAGCGUCACCGUUCUGGGAGUCUGCACCGAAGGCCAAUCUGCUUCUCAAUUCUGAAACCUCAUGCUCUGAAGAACACCGGGAAAGCUUAUCGGAAGACGUUAUAGAAUUCGACAGCCAGGAUGAGGAUGAAUGCGAAGAUCUCUUCGCCGGGAUUUGGAGCCCUGGUCUAGCUAUGCGCCGCAGAAGUCGCAAAAUGGAACAUUAUCUUUCUAGGUUCAGACACAACCCAUCAUGA